CAUCGAUCAGCAAGAAAUGCCAGUCCAACUCGGCAAGUCCUCGGGUUUCCUGCUAAUUCUCAAUCGUUCAAGGUUACAGACAAUCGCAUAUCGAUCAUUGUCCACCACCACGACGGUAAAGAGGGCGCGCAAUUCGGGACCACGAUUAUCAGGGACUGUGCCAGCGCCUCUGGUAAAUGACGGCUAUGCUGCGACAACGAAUAUAGCUCACCAUCCCACACCUACAGAAUGCGACCCAGAAACCCUCUACACUUACUCCGCGCAACGCUGGCUCUGGAACGAAACCCAGCAGCUGCGAAGCAGAUAUCGACCAUUUGACCUGCCUGCUCUGAUCCGCAUCGCCGAGCAAGCCGCCGGCAACAAUGCCGUGUGCGCCACUAUCGCCAAGCUUCCCGAAGGGAGCUUCAACAAAGCGUUGCUCGUGACUAUGCGGAAUGGCCGGGAGCUCGUGAUCAAGAUCCCCAAUCCGAACGCCGGCCCGGCUCACUACACCACCGCAUCGGAGGUGGCGACCAUGCGAUAUGCAAGGGAGAACCUCCACCUCCCCGUCCCCAAUGUCCUGACGUAUUGUUCCCGGGCUGGAGACAGUAGACUAGGCGCGGAGUACAUCGUCAUGGAGAAAGCCCCCGGGAUUGAGCUGAGCCGCGUGUGGGAGACUCUCAGACCGCGGGACAAACUGUCUAUCGUCAAGCAAAUCGGCUCAAUCACUUCUCGACUCUCUUCGGGGAGGUUCUCAGCUUACGGCUCGUUGUACCUUCGUGAGGACAUCGCAGAGUCCGAGGCCAUUGCCGUUGACGAUACCUUUGCAAUUGGACCAACCACAGGCCGGGCAUGGUUUGACGACCAACGAGCGGAGGUGGACGUCCAUCGAGGUCCUUGGCCAAGCACGAAGGACACCAUCAACGCCCUGGCUCAGCGCGAGCUAGCCUGCAUCCACCAACUCCCCAGCUUCCCACUCACCCACCAACAAGGAAUCUUCAACGGGCCCGGUGGAUACCAUCCCCGAAAGGAAACCAAGUUAUCCGUCCUGCAAGACUUCCUAAGCAUACACCAACAUCUCCUUCCCAAGGACGAAGCCCUCAACAACGGCAUAAUCUGGCACAACGACCUUCAUCUGGACAACAUCUUCGUGAACCAAAACCAUCCCACCGAAAUCACCAGCAUCAUCGACUGGCAAGCGGUCCCCAUCUACCCGAUAUUCCUGAUCGCCCACCACCCAUCCCUCAUCGAGUAUGACGGGCCGAAGCCCGAGCGCUUCGUCCAGCCUCAGCUUCCGGAGGAUAUUCACGACCUGAACCCCGCCGACAAAAAGGCUGCUGGGGAGCUGUACCUCGCGCAGACGCUGUGGCUUUACUACGAGACGCAGGUCUACAAGGACGCGCCGGACUUGUUGCAUGCAUUCAAGUACCACGAGACGGUGCAGUCAGAUCUACUGGGUCUGGUGGGAUCGGUCUUCGACGAUGGGGAGCCGCAUGUCCAGAAGCUUCUUGCCAACGUGGCCACGGACGAGGUCUGGAAACAGCUUGUCGGGGUGGAUGGGUCCGGAGAUCCGAGCGUGGCGUGUCCCUUGAAGUAUACCGAGCGGGGCUUGGUGCGGCAGGCUGACGAGUACGCCCGAUGGGAGAGAGACGUGGAGAGGAAGGCCCGGGUGAUCGAGGAAUUAGGGGCGUAUCCCGGGUGGAACGGCGCUGUUCCGCCUGAUGACUAUGAGGAGAUGGCGGGAAGAUUGGAAAUGGCCAAGAAGAGGUUUCUGGAUCGGGAAUCGAGGACCCCUGCGGAACGGAGCAUGUGGGAGAAAGCCUGGCCGUUCGAGGAUAAGGCUGAGUGAGGGGAG